CGUUUCCAGUCUGAAUCAACAUUGCAGGAGUUUUACUUUUAAUAUUCACACCAGCCUCCAGGUAUUUCCAGCAGCUCAUGAUGUCAGCGCAUGGUGUGCUGCAGCGAUUGUUUGGCACCGUCAGAUCGAGAUGGACCCGAUUGUCAGAAGCAUUGAGAGGCCCUAUACGUGCGAUCGGAGCAUUCGCAUGGCGGUCUCUUCAGCAGUCAUUCACCGCGCUUCAUAAUGGGCUGCGUUCUUUAGUUCUGCGCUCUUCGAGAAAGGUUGUGGACUCGGAAGGACAACCACUCGACCAAAACUUGGACACUUUGGCAGAGAAUGAAUGCACCCUAGCUCUCUACCUCCCUGACAUACCCACUGCCGGUCUAGAAGCACCUAGCAUCAAGUGGCUGCUCGAGACAUCUACGGAUCCCGAAGUAUUUCUCACGGCCGCCAGUCUUGUUCCACAUGUCGACUGGCCCUUGGAUCUUGACGUGUCAGACAUGCUGCCCCAGCUGCUUUAUAAUUUUGCAAGCUGUGUCGAUAUUCAGAGGCAAAUCGUACCUUCGUUGAAGGACAAGGCCUCUGUAUGUAUAAUGGCUCUGAGUCAUCUAUACUGCGGCCGCGUUCUUCAGGCACAUCCCAACCAUGGUGAAAUUCUUGGCCAACGGGAAAGAGACUACAAUGUGUUUCGUGAGAUGAGGUGGAUGAACUUAGGCACAGCCGAUAAGACGGUACUUUCCACGACUAUGAAUCUUUGUCCUCCGAUAGAUGACGAUCCUGCAUGUUCAAUAUAUCUUCGACGGUUUGAGGAUCCCAUCUCUGUCUUGGAGUGGCUGUCACAUUCUCUCCCUUACCAUUUCGUUAUCGGGCGAGGGAAUGAAGGUGUAGAAGAACUUGCUAUUGCAGUGAUAUCAAGACUGCUAAGCUCCCCAUCCACUCCGUCGAAUCAAAUUGUCGCCAAUUGCAUUCUUCUUGCUGGUGUGAUGAUCGGGGUUCGGUUUGACAAGAAGGACAUAGCUCGGAUUGAUAAAAGUGCUGCUCUGCCUGAACUCGCGCAGCCCCUUGUGACGCAGUUCCAAAAGGUUCUCUGGGCAUGGGAUGGAGGCGAUGUCGACACAGACAGCACAGGAGUCACACGCCAGGCAUGGAAACUCCUCGACGUUAUCUGUCGCAUUCUCGAGCCUGCUCGAGCUUAUUACUAUACUCCUCCAUCCCAAACGAUGCAGAACCUGGACGUGUGCAGGAAGAUCUAUUCACAAGCGAGGUCAUCCGAACGAUCUUAUCCCUGGGAGUUCUUAGGAGAUCUGCAAAAUGCACUGCACUUCACACUCACUGCUGCCCACAUAUCUUGUGACCCUGCCCGAUUGUGGUAUGCCCGGUUUUGGCAAGAUGAUUCUCACCCGCCAGAAGACUUCGACUGGCUAGUGGACUGCCUCUACUACAUCCAUCCCCACAACCAAGAGCCAGCAUAUGACAUCCUUUUGCUAUUGCAUGGCUUGGGAGCUCGCUGCAGCCCCACUAAACAACAUAUGUUCAUCGGGAGCCUCAUUGCCUGCAUGGGCGGUUGGAUGCCUAACAGUUUACGUCACGCCGCUCUUCGCGCUGUUCACAGUGUCCGAAAGGAAAUGGCAUUAAUUCAUGCGAUUGAUGAUGCAAGCUUUCGGGACAUGGUUUUGACCGAGCUUUCCCCCGCUAUUCUGACCGCAGUUUGUCCGGGACCAGGUGCAACACCCACCGAUGAUGGUUCUGACCGCAUUUUUGAUCGUCGCCGCGAUGCGUGCUACCUCGAACUGGUUUUUGCCCUUGCGAGGAAUUCCGAUUGGCACUCCCAUUUGUCUGGGGAUCACCAUAUAGAUCAGUGCAUUAGUAUGAUUGCAGGUCACCGCUUAAUACCGCAUGCAUUUUACCUAGCUGGCAUCCUCCUCCGAAUUGCACCUGAACAAUGGUCACCCACAUCGCUCGAUUCUAUCACAGAGCAGCAGUGGUGGUACAUGCUGAGCAGUGCAUGGAUGAACGCAUACGAUACAAUUGACGACAUACACUGUUUCGAGUUCCUUCCCGACCUUGUGCAAGGCACGAAGAGGUAUAUGCGGGUUGCUGAGACGUUUGAACUCCAAAUGCUCAUCAGAUAUGUGGAUGAUAUUGUCGAAAAACUGGAGAGGCGAGAUUCAGAACAGGAAGGGCGGGGGGAGCAGGGACAGGGGGUCGCCGUUGCUGUGAAAGAGCUUAGGACGGUGGUUAGCGACAUGCUUGAGAGGAUGGUCAAAAGUGAUGAAGUUGUUAGCACCUGAUUAUCACGGUGCCUGCAUGUUGUGCUAGAGUCCUGCGACCAGAGGAAGGGAUGGCGCA